AUGACGGAGGAUUCAGAUGGCGGAGGGCCAUCCUGGACCUUUGGAUCUAGGUUCAGUAGUUUGGACGUGGAUCAACAGGAAUUGGAUAGCACACAAACGCUUACAAAAGGAAACAAUAGAGGAAACAAAGGAAACAAAAGGACAGCUGUUCGAGCAACACACCAGGAAUAUCAAUUUACUAAACAACAAAAAGUGGACACAAUAGCUGUUCACAAUGGACCACGUUAUCUGAUUUUAAAACGUACAGACGAAGGAAAGACAAUGGCUACUGUUUCCCCGUUUUUCAGCAGAAAGGCAAUGGACAGUAUCACAUCCAAUAUCACGAUAGGAAGAACGAAGGAUGGUGGACUGCUACUGAAAACCAUAAACAGACAGCAAGCAGUAAAGCUCUUGAAACAGACUCAACUUGGAACAAUGACCAUCGCAAUAAUGGAACAUCCUACAAUGAACACAACCCGUGGAACCAUCUUCUGUCCAGAUCUGAAUAUGCAUAAAGACGAGGAAAUCACAGAGGAGUUGAAACACGCACAUGUUAUCAAUGUAAAACGAAUCAAGCGGCGGAACGGUGCAAAGCUGGAAGACUCAGGAGCAUUCAUCCUUACCUUCAACUUGGGAACCCUCCCAAAUUCUAUUGAUGUAGGUUUUCAUCUGUGCAGGGUUCGACAGUACAUCCCACCCCCACUGCGGUGCAUGAAAUGCCUAAAAUUUGGUCAUAAGAAAGAUGUUUGCAAAGGAAAUCAGACUUGUGCCAACUGCGCGAAUUUAUACCAUGACAAAACUGAAUGCCAGCAAGAGAGAAGAUGUAUUGUCUGCCGUGGAGGACACCAUACCUUAUCUAAAGACUGCCCAGUGUACACCGAUGAACUCGAAAUUCAACGUAUGAAGACCACCGAAAAGAUCACCUAUCGUGAAGCCAGACAAAAGAGAAGACUACAAGCACCGGACCCUAACCCACCACGACUGAGACAGUUGUUCUCUAGUCACUUCAAUACAUCUGAAGGCGAGCCCAAGAAAGUGAACACUACUAGAGACAAUAAUGCAGGAAAAUCCAACGAGAACUCAUAA